AGGCGCGCACUCCGCAUCAGUUACGCCUGUACUCGGCUUAGGGCGAAAUCCCUUACCUAAGGAAAGCGAAGCUGAGAGUUUGAGUACCCUCGUCUGUGGCCAAAUCAAAGCCAGACUAAAAGCCGCACCCGGAGUGGGAGAAGAGGGGGGAAUGGGCAGGCCAGAGGAGUUUCAGAAUCGCCCCCGCGGCCGUUCGGUAGUACCGUAGCUAAGUUUUAGAUCUAGCCAGCUGGUAACCAUGAGUGAGUGGAUGAAGAAAAGUCCCUUAGAAUGGGAAGACUACGUUUAUAAAGAAGUCAGAGUGAUGGCCAGUGAGAAGAAGGAGUAUAAAGGAUGGCUUUUAACUACAGACCCAGUCUCUGCCAAUAUUGUCCUGGUGAACUUCCUUGAAGACGGCAGCUUGUCUGUGACUGGAAUUAUGGGACAUUGUGUGCAGACUGUGGAAACUGUGCGUGAAGGGGACCACACAGUAAGGGAGAAGCUGGUGCAUGUGUUCACAUCUGGGGAUUGUAAAGGACACAGCCCCGAGGACCUGGAGAAGAGGAAGGAUAACCUAAAGAAAUGGCUUGAGAAGAACCACAUCCCUGUCACCGAACAGGGAGAUGCACAAAGGACUCUGUGUGUGGCUGGGGUUCUGACUAUUGACCCACCAUAUGCUCCAGAAAACUGCAGCAGCUCUAAUGAGAUCAUUCUGUCCCGUGUUCAGGAUCUCAUUCAAGGACAUCUUUCAGCUUCCCAGUGAGAAGCCCAGCACUAUAUGAACACACUGAUCCAAAUGACUCCACUGCUUGGUUUUGUGUUAAACGUUUCAAAUGGAAGCUGAUCACAUUAUAGGAGUUCAAAAGCA